AUGGCUCCUGAGAUCCAAUAUCAUGGAUUCAUCCAACCGAGGAAUGAGACGCCACCGUCAAAUGCCACAUUGUCGGACAAUGAGAUCCUGGCCCUCGAGGCAGUUUCACUGUCUUUCGCAACCAUCAGUGUCUUCGCGGCGUUCGUGGCAUUCUACUGGUUCGUGAGGAUGAGGAGGAGUUUCAGACAAGAUCUCAUAAUGCUGCUCAUUCAGAGCGACAUGAUGAAGGCAUUUUGGCUUAUGCUAUGUCCCAUCGUCUAUUUUAUCUCAGGGCCUGACGGGCCCAUCAACACAGGCAGCGGCUUCUGCCAACUGAGCGGCUUUCUCCUCACUGCGGCUGUGGAAGCCUCGGACAUUGCAGUACUCAUGAUUGCACUUCACUCAGCAUUGUACAUCCUCAGACCGCAGAGAUCUGGAGGAGACAAUGGCCUUUAUCCGUAUCGCCGAUACGCCUACGGCAUCUGGCUUGUUGUACCUAUCAUCCUCUCAGCACUCGUCCCACUCACUGGAGCCCGCUUCGAGAACAUUGGGCCGUUCUGCUAUCUACCCACUCGGCCAUUAUGGUAUCGAGCAUACCUCAACUGGAUUCCGCGAUACAUAAUCUUCGGCGUCAUUUUCCUGGUCUAUGCUUUCCUUUACAUACACGUGGCGUGGAGAUUUCGGCGGCUGAGAAAAGAUCAGAGGCGAGUCAGCAUGCUCGGUAGCAUUUCCCCUGCAAAAGGUCAAAGACAGAAGCCCAAAUUUAGUCAGGAUCUGCCUCCUACGCCACAGCUUGCAUAUAACGGUCUUCUGGACUCAUCACCCCGACGGACAAUGGAUGGUGGACACCGAGGUAGACAACCCUCAAUCACAUCGGAUGUCAGCUUUCUGAAGCUGGACGAUGGUAGCUCUGUACCCCUCGCCGGAACUCCAGAGCCUCCCAUGAAGCCGGCUGAUGCUACCGCUGGGAACUGGACCGAUCCAAGCUACGACAUAUCAUCGCGGAUCCCUCAACAAUCAGACAGGCCAGAAUCAACCCUUGCGUCGCCCACAGAUGGCUCUUUCGCGUUGAAUACACCCGAAGUACUUCCAACACCAACUAGACCGGACUUUUCACAAUCUACACGGCGAACAGCUGGUCCUUCACAUUCUACUGAUCACUCCAUCAGGCGUGCGGUAUUGAAGCCUUUCGGCAGACGGCCGGCGUCCUUGGAUCGCGGGACCACCGUGCAUUCGCAUCCUACGGUUUUGGGAAUCCUGCAUCGAAGGCCAGCCCCAUCCGUGGCCGGUUCAACCUCAUCAUCACCUUCAUUGUCACUCAGCCAGUCUGUGACCGAGGAUGCUCUCCGCAGAUCUCGGGCCAAGAUGAACCGACAACUGCGGCUUCUAUUUAUUUACCCAUUGAUAUACAUCCUCGCCUGGAUAGCACCCUUUGCAUCCCACGUCUAUAAACAGAGAACCCUCGACGACGCCUCGCAACCAUAUCCCUUGUUCAUUGCCAGUGUUGCUAGUCUUUGUAUAGGGGCUGCUGUGGAUUGCUCCUUCUUCAGUGCGUGGGAGAAACCGUGGCGGCACCUGAAAGGAGGUUUUUGGGAAGGCCUGGCGAAAAGGGUCAAGCUAGGACAUCAUGUCCGUGCUGGCGGCCGAACUAGAGAAGAGGAGCUACGGGAUGCGACUACAGCGCUUGACAGAAGAAAUCGCGAGAACGCAGAUCGAGAAGCGGCAGCAGCCUUGACCAGGGCUAGACCUGUGCGACAGCCCAGAGAAUGGUGGGAUGUCGAAGAAGAAGAUGAGUCUACGGAAUAA